CUCAAAAAUGAUCCCCUAAAAUUUUAAAAACAAUCUUCCUAAUUCUUUCUACAGUGGAAUUGACAAAGAAAAAUAUAAAUUAUGGAUGAUCAAGGAUUAGAUAUAAUCUAUGUGGCACAUCAGGAAGAAGCCGCAGAAUAUUGGAACGAUACCUUGAAUCCCAUGAAACAAUGGACGAGCAAUUUGAAAGAUAAUCAAUCCAUCAUCAAGCAUUAUGGAACUGAAGACGGUCGUACUGCUGUAAAGAUAAAUGCAGCCCUAACGAUAUACUUUGUCGGGUACGGACUUUCGAUCAUUUGCCUCUCCACGGCUUUCUUUAUCCUUAUAUCCUACAAAAAGCUAAGAUGCUCCCGCAACAAAAUACACUCCCAUUUGAUAAUGUCCUUCCUGUUGAGCGAGAUUUGUUGGCUGCUGUUUUACGAGGUCUUCAGAAACCGCACUGCCAUGGCAGGACACAAGAUUAUAUCUAUAUCUCAACUGUUAGCGGAAUUGAAACAACCUUAUCAGCCGCGCCCUUUCCAUUUGUCCAAAGUAUCGAUUUGCAACACCUUAUCAACAUUCUACAUCUACUUCCACACUACGACAUUCUUUUGGAUGUUCGUGGAGGGCAUAUACCUCUACCAGGUUUUGAUAAUUGACUUUCCGGGGAAAGUGUUCUCCAUGAAAUAUUACUACAUCAUUGGAUGGGGCCUACCAUUUGCAUUUGCCGUGAUUUGGUAUUUGACUAACAAGAUAAUGUACCAUCACACAUGCGUUCUAAUCUUGAAGAUCAAUCUUCUGCAUUACAUUUAUGUCGUGCCAAUAUUCAUCGUCCUUUUAAUAAAUUUUUAUAUACUUGUCAAAAUACUCAAAUUAAUGGUGGACAAAAUUUAUUCUAAGAGCCAAAGACGAGCCCAUAAUUGUUUGUAA